AUGCUGCGCAAUCCUCAUCGGAUGAGCAUCGCUGAAUUUUCGGAACUGUAUGAUGAAGUGGAAUUCCAGGCGGAAGUGAAGUUCCUAACUAGCUUUAUCACGAUUCCGCAGCUCCGUGAAGUUGUCCAGCUUAUCUCGGAAGUGAAUCCAGAGACCGGAGAGCGGGAGUUCUCCAUCGACCAGUUCGUGAGGACCUUGGGCUGGUUGUCCGAGAAGGUGGUGACACCCCGCGACCUGGUGUACAUGAAGUCUGCGGCAUCGCACGCACUAACGAAAAUUACCAGCAUUGAAGAGGAAAACAACAAGACUGUGGUGCUCGUGAUGCAGCGACUAGACGCUAUAUUCAAAGACUCGCAGGAGGUAAUUCAUAUUUUUCGUAGAAAAAUACAAUAAAGAUCAUCAGAUGACGAAUUUCUAUGCAUUGCUGUACGAACGGUCACUACAACGAACUAGGUCUUCCCGCUUUUGCUGCGAGGAGAAAGCGUGUCUAGCUACGGUGAUCGAGCGCGUACACGCCAAGAGGUGACACAGACGAUGAGCGAUCUUCUGAUGUAUAUGGGCCCCCAGCAGCCAGGUGCGACAGCAAAGGACCACCGUGCAGUAGGAAAGCACGAGCUCGAGGUAGCAAGGGCACGGCGGAAAGCGCACUCUCAGGCAGCGCGGGCCAAGAACAUGCCGCCGCCGCGCGCGCCGGCCAUUGCUAUCGCUGCAGCGCAGAUGGCGAACCCUCAGGCACUGGACGACGUCACCUCGGUCACGUCAGACUACCUCAUGUUAAGUCUUUGUAUUACAACAAUUUGUACUUCAGAUGUAGCUAGACGUCCACCUCAAAGUGAACACACUACACUUCGUGACGGAGAGGAAGUUCGGGAGUCGUGUGUCAGGAUGAAAGAUGCGCAAGAUGACGUCUCUCUAAAUAUCGACUAUGCGAGCGACGGGGCUUCGGUAGUUGAAGACGAGGAUGGGAUGCCCGGACUACGUCGUCGGGCUUCGGGCACGAAACUUAAGACUACUGUAGUUUCAUCUUUAAAAAGACGAUUUGUUUUUACGGCGAAGUAUUUCUAUUUUAUGUCGGAAGUGUGUACUUACAACUUAGAGUUAGAGAUGUACUUCUAAAAAAACGUUGCAAGUUCUUAACAACUCUAAUAAGAAAGGAUCUUCAGGGCAGAUGCUGGGAAAGGACGAGGUUGAGCUACAAAAGAGGGCAGACGAGGGGAUGCAUCCGGUCUGGGUCCCUAUGGUCGAAACAUUCUCGCCAAUCUUCACACAAGCGGAGUACGAGCAGCUGAGGCUAGCAGACAAAAUCAAAGCUAUUUAUCCAGGUGAGCCAAGUUUUUUUCCGGCGUCUCUUUGUAGUACCUGUCGUAGAAGACUCUUUGAUGUUAGCUGUUGUUGCAGUUGAGAACCGCGGUGGCAUAUAGUGCGACUUGUUCGACCACUACCUAGCUAAACUAUUGCCUUUGCAUGUGUUGCAAUAUGUCAAUUUUUGUCAUCAUUUUUCGCAACAGAAUUGCAUCCGAACCACGUGGAAGAACAUCCAGACGCUUAUGUAAUCGGCCAGCAGCACGGGUUGGCUGGCUGGUCGUGCCAUGCAUGGAACGAGUUCGAUUCGGCAUUGAUCAACCAAUGCAACGACUGGACUGACAAUACGCGUGCGCUCCUGUCGCGAAGGCAUGAGAACUACCACCGACGCAACGUCGAGGAAGUUGCGCGCCUAGAGGGCCUUUUCAAACAGGUAAAAGUAGGGUUUCGAACACGAAACGAUCUGCCUUUUACUGGAUUCUAUUUCGGGCAGGCGCGUCGGCGAUCAGGAGAUCUGAGCAGCGUUGAGCCGAGUGCACCGACCAACGAGGGCGGGGAGGCGAUCACUGAAGAUCCGGCGAAAGCACGUCGCCAGGGCCGUGGUAGCUCCUCGCGCUUGCGGCUUGGCAGUCGAGAUGAUGAGAACGACGAGGGUGGGAUAAAUGUAAAGCGUCUUGCGGCAUCAGUCAUACAGAAUGUACGACAGAGCGGCCUGCUGGCUUGCUUGCCAGCUAGUUGUCGAAGGCGGAUUCUCGCAACCCAAGCAGGUCAUUGGUGCUGCGGUGGUAGGGGCCCUGGGGCGCGAUUCGUGGGAGGCGCGAACGCUGCUGCCCAGGCCGUAUAUAAGCGAGUCGGAUCCGCCGCGAGCGUGCUGAUCGGAAGCAAUGAAGGACACACUGCAACUGACGGCGAAACGGACGGCACGCAAAGCCCAGGAAGUCGUGCUGCCGGAGGGCAGCGUCUUGAGCGGAUUGACACCAUGUCUUCGGUCGUCGCCGCGAACAUGUUCGCCAUGACUCCACGCAGUCUGGAGAGCGGGACGCCUCGAGGAGGCGACGGGAGGGAGGACGGCGCGUCUGUCGGUGGAGGUGCUAUUGGUAUAAAUGCACGUGGCGGAAGAGGACAAGGAUCUGAAUGUGGCGAUAGUAGAAGGAUCAGCAAAAUGUCCUCUGCUUCUGCGCUGUCCGCAGCUUCCUUAGAUAGCGCGGGUGAGACAGGUGGCGACGGAGCUGGAGCAGAUGCAGGGGCCGGGGGAGAAAACGAGGAUACGCAGAGUAUGGUGUUUUUCCGGGAAUUGAUCAAUGCUGCUUUAUUUCCGAGCGAGUGCGUUUGGUGCAGCAUUGCCCUCCUCCACGCUAUUUUGAUGGGCCUGGAGCUGGAAACGCGAACGAACUACAACGGGGAGGGGUCAGACGCAUCGGCGGGUCGCAGUGGCAAUGAUACGUGGCGGCCAGUAGAGCUUGCUUUCUUAGCCUUUUUCUUGGUGGAAAACUACAUUCGCUACCUUCUUUUCAUUCAGCUCGAGUACCACGGCGAUUUAGUACUCACUUUGGGCAUACUUCCGCUCCGGAAGUACAUUCUGACCUCGACACUGAUGCUGCCAUGCGAAAUUUGGUAUCCGACUGUUUCGGUUGCGCGUUGAAAUAGCGUAAAAGUGUACCAAGUACUUUAAUUUUCUUGAUUGAAUUCUCGAUCUUGAUCAGACUUUCCUCCCUUUCAAUAUCAUAGGUAUUUCAUUCGCUGCGAUCCCUAUGCGGGCUUUGAUCUUUUUCUGAUUUGCGUCGCCGGAUUUGGUAACAUUAGCAUACUACCGUUUCGGCUUCCACUAGUGCAGUUUUUGCGGUUUGCGCGACACGAUUUCGCGCGUGCGGACGAACUUUGGCUUCUGUUGCAAGGAAUGCAAUCGGCGGUGCGAACGCUCUUUUGGGUAGGUAUUGGUGGAACCAUCAUGAUCUACGUGAUCACCAUUUUCGGCAUGCUCUUGCUCCGAGACCAGAACUUUCCAGGCGGAGAAGAAUACUUCGGCACGCUCUCGAGAGGCUUCGUAACUGUGAUGCAAGUUGCGACUUUUUUAAGGCCAUUUUUUAGCAGAUUUUAUGUAUUGGGAGAAAGCCUCUGACAAGAUGAGUUCGAUUUGUUCCCCGUAAAGUUUUCUCUUCUGUCGACCUCUAACGUCUGACGGCUGGUCGUCCGUAGCCAAGCCCAUGGUAGAUUCUGGGAAUGUAUCUUUCAUGUUCUUCGCCUGCAUCAUUAUGCUGAUGAAUUUUGGUCUUUUGAAUAUCGUGAUUGGUAUUUUUUGUGAGACAGCCUACGAAAUACUGGACGAGAGGCGGAAACGCACAGAUAUGCGCACAUACUCCGAAAUGAGAGCAGACAUGUCGAAUCUGCGUUCAAGAUUGGCGGAAUACUUGAGCUUCGACACGGAAGGGGAAGUUUACAUUUAAGAAGGAAUGUGAAUCUUCGACUUAAGUGCAACAACUUCAUCUUUGAAAUUUUAUCUUUCACAGGGAAAGUUGGGAUUAUUAGACAGUGCAAAGCGCGAAAGCAUGAAGAGUGGAGAAGAUAUAUAUAACUUUGAAAUGGGUUUGAUCGCUAAUACAAGGACAGAAGACUCCUGGACAAGAUGCUCACGAUGAAUCCGAAAAGGAGGACAACACAAGGGAACGAUGGCGCAUUAGGAGCACCUGGGGGUUCGUCUUUAUGGAAAGGACUGUAGGGUUUUCGUUCCUGUACGUGCGGCCGUCCGAAGUUGACCUUGCUGACAAGGCACGAAAUUUUCCUUCCUUUUGACGAGACAAAGUGACGAUAGACUGAUACGCCUGUCUUGAACAUAUUGCAGCUUGUCAAUCGUACUAGAAAAACAAUAAGUACAACAAACAUGAUCCUACAUCUCCGAACAAUCCUUGUUUCAUGUAAUGCCGCAUUCCACAUAGCGGGACUGUCGCACAAGGAACUGCAGGUGAUUUUGGAUACGUUGGAUGUUGAUCCCACUGAGCACGGAGAGCAGCAGAUGGCAGAGUUCUUCACAGCCUUAGAAGCAUGGCAGCGCCAGCAAGUGCGUGCCAUCGAUCUUUUCGCACUUAGGGUCUACAGCGAGGAACUUUUGAGACGUGUAACGCGGCUUCGUGAGUUACUCCAUUCAGUGCAUCGUGAGUACGGAAGGCACCUGCCAAGAAUGGCCCACGAUCUGCAUAAAGCGAAGCAUCAACUCUUAUGGACGAUUGGUGUGAGUAUUUGUACUGCGUGUCUAGUUUGUUGUCAAAGAGGAGAGUGUCAUUUUGUUCCAGAACGACGAGGGGCUUGGGACGAGAUACAACUAGAUUAUUCUCGCAAAGGUACAACGUUCUUACUUCAUAGCUGGAGCCUGCAAGGCUAUGGCCAGCUUGGAGUCAUUUUACCACCUUCAUAUGCGUAUCCGAAAGUAGUAAAGCAAGACCGGUUCAAGAGUGCUAUUCGGCGGACACUGAUGGCGCAACGCAUGUCCAAGGUGUUGGGUGCGGACCAGCACAAGAAGCUCUUAGACGAAGCAGAAGCGGACUUGUCUAAGUGGAGGGUACAGGUGCGGGAAAGCGACGGAUUGCAAAGCCAACUCGGGCAUGUAUAUUAUGCUGCCUAAGUAGCUCGUCCAGUAAGAAAAAAACUAAAUGGACUGGCAUACCCCUUGUGCACCCCUCGUAGUCGACAACCAAAAUUCACAACUCAAGAUAUAAUAAGGGACUGUGCACGCAAAUGUCGUCUCUAACAUGAUCUUGAAACCUCCGAUCAUCGGCGCGGUGUUCCAAAGGACGACGAUGUUGAAGCGUCUUCUAGGCGACCAAGUGCCUCGGUUCUGCGAGGAAAGUCGCCGAAGUUGAACUUUCACAAGCUUGCGUCAGCUGCGAGCGGAUCCCGGUCUCUGGAUUCUGAUGCCUCACAAGGUAUUAGUGGUCUAUUUAGUGGAAGUUUCACGGCAAUGAAAGCGGCAAAACAACUAAAGCGCAGCGCAAGCGCGGCUUCAAGCAGGCGCGGAAGCGACGCGUCGGACCCUGGUUGCACACCGGCUAAAAAAGUUAUGACUGGUUUCACUGUCUUGUUCUCUCUUUGAGUUGUGUGUUCGAAAGGUCGAGCCGAAAUUACUGGGUAGUUUCAACGUCAACUAUCCAUUGGUAGACAACAUUUCAGCCAGGUCGUUUCUGUCUUCAUUGUUGCUGUGUCCCAGAAGCGCCGUGUCCUAAAUGCGGAGGCACGGGCGGCAGAAGUUCCAGGUUUGGCGCCUACCGAAUCGUGGCGCAUGAAGGAGUGGGGUAAGCGAACACGUGCGGUUCAGGCUACUGAGUUUUUAAGGGCCGAGUUCCUACGUCGGCGUACCGAAAACCUGAAGCUGAAGCGCGAGGUACUGAAGAUUCUACUGCGCUUUUCCAUUUUGAUUUCCUUCUAGAUACGUAAUUUCCUUGCGCUCACCAGUUAAGACCUUUCUGCAUCAUGAUCAAUGCUUUGAAAAUACAUGAAAGAGAGAGAGCACAGAUUACCGGAAUGGCGUACCCAUCAUUCUCCUAACAUCUCAUUAGCGACAAAGCGCCAUAAAUCUGACGUCUUUGGAAGAGCGGGCUGCAAAAAAGCGCGUACGCGAGGAAGGUACGCAAAAUAACAAAGAACGGCGCAUAGACGAAGCACGCAAGUCAAUCAUAACCGGUUCAAGUGGUGUUUUCUCUUCGCUUUUCGGAGGUGGCACCUGAAGAUGUAGCCACCACGUACGCUGGCGUCGAGAGUCAUGUCAUACUAACAGUUAUCAAUCACGAAAUGUCACACUCUUAGUCUGCUACAUGUCAAGAACACCCGAAAAACUACUUUGCUAGCAAAUAGAAUACAUGUUACUAGAUUACAAUUGCAAUCUACUACCUGAUUAUGCCUACUGAAUACUUGUUACGCUUAAUUGGAUCACCUAUUUGAAAGUACUGUAAAAUCAUGAAGCUGGUGAUAUCAAUGAUUCCUUUUCCGUUGGUUACUUGCGCAAUGCUUGCGUCGGCGCUCGAGGUUGGACUGCUACAGGAUGAACAGACGAUGCAAGUACUGCGUGUGGUCAACAAAUAAAAGUCGUGGACCACCACGUCUUUGAUUCAAGAAACGAGAAGAUCUAAGCUUCUUCAGCAGGAGCAUCGGCUUCGCUCGACCCAGUCUCUCUGUAGCCCUCCCGGUGUCCUUUUGUGCGAAUAUAGACAGUAAAAAAAAGUACUGAAAAUACUGUCGAGAUAGACGACUAAUUCUUCUGUCCUUGCGUAAACUGGUUUGCAAUUACGAAAUGCC